UGGCAUUUAUUUGAUUACAUAAAGAUCUCAACUUAGUAAAACUUGGCAUUAAAAUUACAUAUUUACGGACGUUUUAUUCCGGUAUGUACGCAAAAAAGUAACAAAUAUUGUGUUAAUUAGGUACUUAUGAUUAGGUCGAAGUCUCCAAUCUGUGAAGACAUCAUGUAUAGUGAUCACCUAGGUAUGUACCUAAGGUUACACGAGUAGAUAUGGUUGCCAUAAUAAGAGUUAUCAUUCGUGUGUGGCACGGGUCACUUGGUGGUUGGUGGUACUCUACGUUUGCAGAAGGUUUACAAAAUGAAGAUUUUCUUUAUCCUUGUGCCGCUUUUUGCAGUGGCGUUCGGUGAUUUGGCGAAGUUUACAAAAUGUCCAAGAACUUCAGAUGACAUUUGUGAGGUAACAGAGGUCCGGAUAAAUCCGUGCAAAGAAGGCAGGUACUGCAGACUUGUGAAGGGUGAAGAAACGAGCAUCGAGUUUGAUUUCAUUCCGAAGUUCAAUGCUACCAACCUAACGACGGGUCUGUACUGGGCAUCAGUGAGGCGCGACGUGCCGUUCCGGGACUUCCCCGAGAGUGACGCGUGCGCCUACACCGGCUGCCCCACCAGCGCUGGCACCAAGCAACAGUUCACCUAUAGCACGAGGAUCAGCGAGAACCUACCUACCGGUAGAUGGACUUUCAAAUGGCAGUUGUGGAGCGCGGACGAUAAAACCAAAAUGUGCUGCUUCAAGACAGAGGUUUCGCUCGCAGUGUAGGUGCUAUGUAAUGAAAUAAACGAUAUUUUGAAAAA